AUGAAGAGAGAGCCUAAGAGAAGCAUCAACAUUGAUUUUAAAAUGGCCGCCGUGAAGGGCGACCGAGGAUCCGAACCCAAGGGGCAUCAGGCUGUGGCAUACCUAAACAGUUCUGAUAUGUCAGCGCACUUCAACUGUAGGUUUGAAGGGUACCAAGACACGCUAUACUACAUUAGUAAUCGUCAAUUCUACCGCAACUGUGUCAUUACUGGCACUGUAGACUUCAUAUUUGGUGUAGGCACUGCCUUGAUCCAAGAUAGUGUCAUAGUAUUGAGGAUGCCAGAUCCUAAUCAACAGAAUAUAAUAACUGCAGACGGCAAUUUUGAAAGGAAUGCCAUUGCCGGGUUGGUUCUCCAAAAAUGCAAGAUUGUCCCAGAACGACAACUCUUCCCCAAUAGGUUCAAGGUACGUUCCUUUCUCGGUCGCCCUUGGAAACGUUACUCAACAACAACUAUCAUGGAAAGUGAGAUUGGUGAUUUGAUUCAACCAGAAGGCUGGAUGAUUUGGGAAGGGAAAAAUAACCACAAAACUGCUAUUGUUGCUGAGUAUGGAAAUUGGGGAACUGGUGCCAACACCAACAAAAGGGUCAAAUGGAAUAAUUGUGUCAUCACUGAGAAAAACGAAGCUCUUCGAUCCACUGCUUCCAUUCACCUCGAAGCUGGUAAAGACCCAUUAAAGUGGGUGCGUAGUACUGGUGUACCUGUCGAUCUUAGGCUUACAAAGUAA